ACCCGCUCCGCCCUGCGACUACACGAUUCGACAUGCGACUCCCGUGACGCCCGCUCUCAUCAAUCGAUCUAGGCAGAACACGACGGCACGCACGCUGAACACGCAGCCCGCUCCGACGACGACGGCGCCAGAAGGACUGCACUUCAUGUCACGACGACAGCCGCAACGAGGCCAACACCACCGGCGAGGCUCGCUGCAGCAGCGCGUGGGCUAGGCCGCGGUGAAAUAUGCGCAUAUCCAUACGGCUGCAGUUGGGCGGCUUAAUCCUGAUCUCUUCCCUCGUCGGCCUGGCCGUCAUCUCUGUCGCAGUAUGGAUCACAAUUCACGACUUCGUGCUCGACCUCAGAGCCUCCCGCCUGGCACUGACGGCUGCGCUCAAGGCUGGCCAGCUGUCUAGCAACCUGGAUGUCAUGCAGACCGCAGCCAGCUUUGUGGCAUCUCGCGUGCUGUUGCAGACCGCAUUGCUUAGGUACUAUGCUGAUGGCAACAACACGUCCGAGAACUGGACUCGUGCCAGAGCAGACAUGCGAGCUGCCGUAGGAGGCGGAGCUUCGUUAGGGCAACGCUUACUGCUGCAAUCUCGAUUGUACCCACGAGAUGCCAAUGGUGUCAACGGGCCGUAUGCUCUGAUGAACACCACCGCCACAUCGGAUAUGCAAAGGAUAGCUCUGCCCUAUUCCUACACUAAUGGAUCGACAGUCUAUCUGGGCGCCAACGACACAGAAUCAUCCUAUCCACCCCACCUAUACCCAAACUUGACCUAUCUCGACAAUGGUGCAGCACGGUACAACGACUUCGUGUUUACUCCCGAGCGUGCCUUAUUACUGGGGCCAUGGACCGUCAACGCUACUUUUUCUCUCCUCUCAAUCACGAUGCCUGUAACCAAUAACAGCAAUUCCAAUGAUUUGCUGGGAUAUGUGACACUGGUCAUGGAUGCGAGACUAGUGUCUCAAGUCAUGGACUCUGCAGAAGGACUGGGCAAGACUGGAGAGACGCUACUGAUCGGGCCAGCUGAUUCGACAAACUUAUUUCCCGCCGAUGUCCAUCUCGAGUCUGGUAUUCCACCCGGACUGAACGUGCAAUAUGUGAUGCCUCUGAAUCAAUCGUAUAGCAGCCGACAUCCCGGCCAGACGAGCAGUGGCACCAAUCCUGCGUUCAGCGCUGGCGACUAUCCAGCUCUGUCUCGAGCUCUCGCGCUCACCAACGGUACUGGAGCUUCAGGCGCCGAGCUGAGGGCGAGGAACGAGGCUGGCAAGAAAGUCAGCGUUGGCUUCGCCAUGCCUGCCAACAAUCUGGUGAACUGGACCAUACUGCUUGAAAUGUCACGAGACGAAGUGUGGCAACCCAUCGACACCUUGCGAAAGGUCAUACUCGCCUGUCUCUUCGCGACUGCUGGCUUAAUGGCAAUCAUCGCCGCUCCACUCGCGCACUUCGCUGCGCAACCCAUUUUACGUCUGCGAGAGGCAACACUGAGAUCUGUCGAUCCCCCUAGCACGGAUGGACAAUCAGAUAUGGACUCUCUUGGGUACCUGAGAGACGCAGCUGCUGAUGGACAUCAAGACACAACAGAUCUGGACGAAGCGAUCGCCAGGAAAGAGGGAUUUCGAGACAGAGGUCUAAAGUCGCCUUUUGCUAGAUGGACGCGCAGGUUCACCGAGGACUCCCAGUCUAAGCGUCUUGAGCGGAGGAAACGGAAUUUCCGCAUCCCUGGCCGUGUGAAGCAGCGCAAAGGCUGCAUCAAGGACGAGCUGACCGACUUGACACACACCUUCAAUGAGAUGUCAGACGAGCUUAUGAUGCAGUAUUCCAAAUUGGAAGAGCGUGUGAGGCAGCGGACGGCCGAACUGGAGCUUAGCAAAAAGGCAGCCGAGGCUGCAAACGAGAGCAAGACGCUCUUCAUCGCAAACAUUAGCCAUGAGCUCAAGACGCCGCUCAAUGGCAUUCUUGGCAUGUGUGCUGUGUGCAUGCAGGAAGAUGAUCCUCUUCGUCUGAAGCGAUCGCUCGGCAUCAUCUAUAAAUCAGGUGAUUUGCUGCUAAAUCUCCUUACAGACCUUCUCACAUUCAGCAAAAACCAGGUUGGCCAGCACUUGACGCUCGACGAAAAGGAGUUCCGCUUGCGCGAUGUCAGUCUGCAGAUUUUGGCCAUUUUCGAGAAACAAGCCAAGGAAGGCCACAUCGAUCUCAAGGUGCAAUUCGAAGGCAUCCACGACAUGGACAACGACAGUGCAGCUCCCGAUCAGCUCUCCGGGUGUGGGCCAGGUGCCAGCGGACGCAUGAGAGAUAUGAUCUUGUGGGGCGACAUUCAUCGCAUCCUCCAGGUUGUCAUCAAUCUCGUAUCGAACAGUCUCAAGUUCACGCCCCCUGGAGGGACUGUAACACUCACGAUUCGUGCCCUGCCAGAGCUGCCCGAUAUUGGUAGCCGUAAGACUUCUGUCAAUUCCAGACAGUCUCUGCAGAUUCCUCGGAAGAGGGAUUCUGAUCUGUCUAUUUCAAAAGGUGGCACUCAAAGAAAUUCGGACGCGUCAAUGCAACGAUUUGGCACCGCCAAUGCCAUUAAUGUCCUGGACAAACCACAUGCAAUCGUGCACGUGGCGGAGCGAGCGCGGUCGCCUGCCUCUAAGAAGUACAUCUCUUUCGAAUUCGAAGUAACGGAUACAGGUCCGGGCAUCCCGCAGGACCUGCAGGAUAAAAUCUUCGAGCCUUUCGUGCAGGGUGAUUUGGGUCUCAGCAAGAAAUACGGCGGCACUGGCUUGGGCCUUUCAAUCUGCUCGCAGCUGGCCAGUCUGAUGAGAGGAUCCAUGAGUGUGCACAGCGAAAUCGGUUCUGGCAGCACCUUCACGAUGAAGAUCCCAUUGCGCCAUGUCCAGACCCGCGCGGACAGUGCUGCCAGUUCUGCUCUGGGUCACGGCGAGGAAGUAUGUGGGGCGAGUUCUUUCGAUGCGGGCUCUCGCUCCGCUUCGCCGCAGCGUUCUCAUGGCAGUGUGGAGUACGAUCCCGAGGUCUCAAGUGUGAACGAGAGCACAAAACCUAUGGCACAUCCUCCUGGAGAUAUAAGCGCUCAGUCUCAACCCCGCCUUGUCGGUUUGAGUCAACCCUUUUUCGCAUCGAACAAGACACUUGACGAUACAGACGCACAAGGUGAAGCUAUGCGACGAAUGUCUGCUUCAGCGAGCAGGACCGGUAGGAUUCGGGUGCUUGUGGCAGAAGACAACAAAGUCAAUCAAGAGGUCGUUCUGCGCAUGCUCAAACUUGAAGACAUUUAUGAUGUUGUAGUCGCCAAAGACGGUCAAGAAGCGCUGGACUUAGUCAAAGAGUCUAUGUGCCCUGGGAGCCAAGCAUUCAACCUCAUCUUUAUGGACGUACAGAUGCCAAAUGUGGAUGGACUCACCAGCACGCGACUGAUUCGCCAGAUUGGGUACCAGGAACCAAUUGUGGCCUUGACAGCAUAUGCGGAAGAGAACAACAUCAAGGAUUGCAUGGACUCUGGCAUGAAUUAUUUCCUCUCAAAGCCAAUUCGAAGACCACAGCUCAAGAAGGUGCUAAAGGAAUAUAUCACGCCGAUACCAGAGGAGCCCGAGGAGCAGAUGACGCCGCCAGAGGAACGGCGGGGAUCUCACAACACUACCAUUGUGAUGGUAAGCGGGCGAAACUCACAGGAGCUUGCGAGCCACGAUGGCACUACAGCGAGCGCUAGUGCCACAUUUGACACUACCGGGCGAUCCUUCCAUGCGUCAGCUCUCUCGCAGGACGCCCAGGACGACCGAUCUGCCUCGCCGAGAACAGUCGUGUAGCCAGUCACAACCGACAGCAACCUGGGAACAGGGACUCGACGAGGUCUUGUAGCUGCUGGAUCUCGCGAUGCGAACCAACUACGACAACAGAACAGACGAGCGAGUGAAGGGAACCUGGUACCUUCCGCGAAUAGAAAAGAGAAGAGCAAUAUGACAACGCGUUUCCGUGAUGAGAUCAAUUUUUGUGCGAGCGUGGAGUUAUGGGUGUCAAAACAGCGGGACGAAAAGAGGGAUUUGCAUUUGGCGAAGCCCACGAGACAGUGUGUCGAUGAUGGGGCAUUUUCUCAGGCGUUUGUCAUGACAUGGCGUUGUUCAUUUGCGCGUGGUUUCAAAAAAGGCGGAGUACAUGUUUUGUCCUUGAGUUGGACUCUGUUCGUUUGAUGACGGGCUAUGUGUGUCGUACAUAAAAAUGCGCUGCCUAUAUAUGUGCUCGCGGUCGAAGGCAGAACCGCAUGAAGCGAAAUGCAUUGAUGUGAAAGGAAUAUUUUGGUACAAAAAAGUGAACGCCAGAUCGCAAUAUGCUGAGAUGCAUCUCCUCGCCACCUUCCUCGUAAGACUUUCAGUCAUAACAUGGCCACUUCUGUGACAUGAUUUUGAUGUUGUGAUGCAGAUGACAGCUCUGC